AUGUGCGGCGCAGAUGUCUUCCUGGCCGUAUUGGCAGUCUUCUUUCCUCCCAUUGCAGUAUGGAUCAAAGUCGGCUUGUGCACCGCCGAUUCCAUCAUCAAUAUUGCCUUGUGCUGUCUCGGAUACCUACCUGGGCUCAUCCACGCCUGGUACAUCAUCUUGAAAUAUCCCGAUUCCGAUGACUAUCCAGAAGGAUACGAACCGAUCGACCCGUCGCGCGCAGAUGUCGAAGGCGGUCGUCGCGUGACAUACCACUAUGUCAGCAGCCGCCAACCCGCUGCUCAACCCCAACCCCAACCAGACAGAAGAUAUGGUGCGACAGAGACUUCGGCGCCCCAGGUUCCAUCGCAAACAAGACCGGGAAACAGCAGUACAGAACAGCCAUCCGGUGCUUCUCAUCCCCCCACAUAUGCCGAAGCUCUUAUUCCUACAAUGCCACAUUUAGGUGAUCAAUAUUUAUUAUUUUCCCUUCGCCGUGAACAAACCUACCUCGUAUCGCUGGGUACUUUGCAGCCUCUACAAUCAGGCCUUGCCUUAGUAAGGCCUGCUUCAUCCGUACCUCUCUCGCUCUCCCUCGGAAACCCCGCGCCACGAAAUUCCUCAAUAUGCCUUCGGUGCCAAUUUAGAUCCCAGCUGCGAUGUUUCACUUCAAAGCCGGAAAAUGACUCGCUUCGCAAACCCGAUACGAAACUUGAGAAUCUAUACACGGCUUUCGGCGCCGACAAGGAUUUUUCCUCGCCGACCGCGGCCGAAGAGAACCUUCCAUCGGCAUCGGAGAGACGUCGAUCACAGCUAUCCAAACAAUUCACAAAUAUCAUGGACAAUAUCCAAUCAAAUAUCUUCAUUGCUGGUCAGAGGUUAAAUGACUUGACGGGCUACUCGGGAAUUGAAAGCCUAAAAAGGGAGAUUGAAACGCAAGAGAAUCAGGUACUAGAUGCCCGCUCGAUUGUCCGACAAACCAAAGACGCAUACUCCGCAGCAAUCAACCGACGUUCGGCCUCACAGCGCGAGGUCAAUGAACUUCUCCAAAGAAAACAUGCCUGGUCACCAGCAGACCUUGAACGCUUCACCUCGCUCUACCGCUCUGAUCAUACCAAUGAAAUCGCAGAAGUCGAAGCCCAGGAAGCUUUAACAAAAGCUGAGCACGACCUGGAGGAGGCCACAGCGAAACUCAACCGUAGCAUUCUUUCCCGCUACCACGAAGAACAGAUAUGGUCCGACAAGAUUCGGAGGAUGAGUACAUGGGGGACAUGGGGACUGAUGGGCGUGAAUGUUCUUCUAUUCCUCAUCUUCCAGAUCCUUGUUGAACCAUGGCGCCGACAGAGGCUGGUAAAAGGCUUUGAAGAGAAAGUCAAGGAAGCUAUAGAAACGGAGGCCGCAGCAAGCAGGGCUAUCGUUGCUGGACUGACUCGGACAUAUGAGGCUGAAGCGUUGACGGCACCGGUGCCGGUCUCCGAAGAUGAUGCAGUCCUUGAACAUAACACCGAGGAAAUCAUUACGGAGAAUGACUCCAGUAUAGCAGUCGUUUCUUCUCCGGUCGAUGGGGCUCCUCCUUACGUUGUAUCCGAACAGCCUUCGAAAAUGGCUCUACUAUCCGACAAAGUGUCCACACUACUGUCCACCGAAUACUGGAAACAGUUCAUUCGAGAUACUUUCAGUGACCGCCAUGUUGUGCUUACUCAACGGGAGUUGACCAACAUCACAAUCCAAAGCGCCGCAGCUGGAGCCACGUCCAUCGGUGUUAUUGCACUUAUUGCACUUUUACGGCAACAUUGA